GACAGUGUUGACGGUGUCUUAUACGUUAUCGAAGUUGUUUACAGUCUAAUAAAUCUAUGUGAAUUUUGAUAUGAUACACACCUAAUGUGUCUGUGCGUUACAACAGUUACGGACAUCUAACGUACUCCAGUACUAAACAAUCGUAGCUGAUUCCUCCAUCACUGAUAAGUGCAAACGUACGUUAGUCAUACCCCAUACAGAAUACAAUCGUCCUCGUGAAAGCGACGAAACGAGUCAGGCUUCUCGUUCGCUGUCCCUGUUGUGUACUACGAUGCGUUGCCAUGGUUUCGUCCCACGCUUUGCUACGACUCGAGUGAAAUUGUACUGGGAAGUAUGCCGCUUUUCAGUAAAAACAACGAGAAAGACUUGGCGGUUAUUAACAGGAAAAUUGCUGAGAUGAAAAAGAAGAUCCAGUUAUCAGAGGGACAACGUAAGGCUCAUUUUGAAGAAUGUGAUGCAGAAAAGAAACAAAACAUAGAGAAGAUUGUUCAGCUUAAGAAGGAAAUCAAAGAAAUGUAUCUUGAACGAGGAAAACCAGGACAGUGUGAUGAACUUCCUGUGAAGUCUAACUAUAGAAAUGCCAAGGGAGUGUACGUCUUAAGGAGAAAGAAGAAUUAUGAAGUUGCUGGAAUACUUGAUGACAGAAUAUGCGGCCUGAAGAAGAAGCUGGACGUGCUACGACACCAAUCAAGGGUGGCACAAAGACGAAUGAAAAAACUCGCAAGUGAGUACCAAGAGCUACUUCAGAGUGUUUUUUCUACGCAAAGAAAAGAUUUGGGUGAUAAUUUGUCGUCAAAGCAAGUAUGCUCGCUAGAGAACCAGAUACAUCGUGUGGAGAUGAACAUGAUGGAAGCAGAGCAUGUGAAAAAGAAGUACCGUUCUAUUCGAACGAGUCUCCUUGAUGACAGCGUUGAGUUUGAGAGCACACUGAAAAGACUGGAAAACAUGAUACAAAAGCAACAAGCGGAAAUAAAUCAUCUACAGGAGAUAAACAAAGAGGCAAUGGAUCUCCGAGACAUGACAAAAGGGACGCUGGUGAAACAAGAAACGAUAGCUCUGAACGCUGGGAAACUCAGGGAGAGACAGCUCCAGGAAUUCAGGUUGCAGGUAGAGGAACGACGUUUGGAGCUAGAGCGCUUAGAAAGACGAAUUUUUCCUACGAGUCGCCCUAUGGUACAUCAAGACUCAACGAGUUCAAACGAUGCUGCUCAGACGAUGGCCGAAGAGACGGCAGCUGCAGCGGCGACGGAUUUCCUUGAAAAUGCGUUUGCCAAACUGAAGGAAGCAACAGGAGAAUCGGAGACUGAGGAAGUUCUACACCGGUUUCUGUCGCAGAGAGAAACAAUGUCUCGCCUCACGUACCUGAAAAACAUCACCGAAGAAGAGAAAAGAGACUUGGAAAUAAAAAAGGAUUUUAUGAUGGCUGAACUGGAAGCAUUUAAGUUCGCAGAAGUCAAGGACAAGGAACAGAAUAUGGAAGAAGUUGAGAAUCUCAAACAGUUAAUAGAGAUGCAGAACAAAAGAAAAGAAAAAUUAGAUGAGCAAAUAAAAAGGAUAACUCAGCAACUACUUGAAAUAAAUGAAAUACUGUUCGGGUUUUGUCUGAAGCUUCAGGAUGUGGACGAUGUACCGUUGCCUGCACAGACGUCCGACUUCGGUACUGUCAAAGAAGUGCUUCACAUCUUAGAGCACAAAAUACAGAGCGCUGUGCAGAUUUUGUGCCAAAGGGAAGAAGCAAGAAAAGAGGCCAUGGAGGAAGGUUAUUCACAGGCAUAUAGUAGUGGCAGACUAAUUGCUGAAGAAAGCUGGAAGUUUCAACAGAACCAACAAAAAUCCAACCAAGAGUCUCGGACCUCUAUUUUGCCAACCUCAGAGACUGACGAAGAGGAUGAUGUGCCAACAAGGAGUUAUCUGAAACGCCAGGCCCAAAUAAUUGUGGAUGCAAAAUCUCGUCGAAAGCAGUUCAAUUUCAAUCGUGGAAGAAAGUAA